UUCUCCAAUCUAAUCGAAAUGGCGCAGAAGCUUAACUUGGCUAAUCUCGCCGUCCCUCCGGUUACUCACCGCUCAAGUUUCCCCUCCACCUUCACCUUCGGCGUCGCCACUUCCGCUUACCAGAUCGAAGGAGGCUGGAAUGAAGGUAAAAAAGGGCCAAGUAUAUGGGACAAGUUCACUCAUCUUGAAGGAAAAGUUCUUGAUGGAAGUAACGGCGAUGUCGCUGUUGAUCAUUACCACAAGUAUAAGGAGGACAUUGAACUUAUAGGAAAAUUAGGAUUCAGCGCUUACAGAUUUUCCAUAUCGUGGUCUCGCAUUUUCCCUGAUGGCUUGGGAACUGAAGUCAAUGAAGAAGGCGUUGCUUUCUACAAUAAUAUCAUCAAUACACUUCUUGAAAAGGGUAUUCAGCCGUUUGUAACUCUGUACCAUUGGGAUCUCCCCUCACAUCUCCAGGAAUCAAUCGGAGGUUGGACAAACAGGAAAAUAGUAGAUUAUUUUGGCCUCUACGCAGAUGCUUGUUUUGCCAGUUUUGGUGAUAGAGUGAAGCACUGGAUCACAUUGAAUGAGCCACUCCAGACCUCGGUGAAUGGACACUGUAUUGGCAUAUUUGCACCUGGAAGAAAUGAAAAGCCCUUGAUCGAACCAUAUUUGGUAUCACAUUAUCAAGUUUUGGCUCAUGCAACUGCUGUUUCCAUAUAUAGAAGCAAGUACAAGGAAAGUCAAGGCGGACAAAUCGGAUUGUCAGUUGAUUGUGAGUGGGCAGAGCCAAAUUCAGAGAAAGUGGAGGAUAAGGUUGCUGCUGGUAGGCGAAUCGACUUUCAACUUGGAUGGUUCUUGGAUCCCUUGUUUUAUGGAGACUAUCCUGCGAGCAUGCGCCAGAAACUUGGAGAUAACCUUCCUACGUUUACUCAGGAAGAAAAGGAGCUUAUGCUUCAAAACUCAUGGGACUUUCUUGGCCUAAACCACUACACUUCGAGGCUAAUUGCUCACGUCUCAAACAAAGAAGCUGAGAGUGACUUUUACCAAGCACAAGAAGUGGAGAGAAUUGGUAACAAAAACACAAAUCACUGGGAUUUAUUUUACCACAAGCAUCUUCUUUCUUACGUUCUAGUAAUCAUCCUCUCUUCUUUUCUGUGCACAGUUGAAUGGGAAGAUGGAGAGCCGAUAGGCGACAGGGCUGCUUCUGAUUGGCUUUAUGUUGUGCCUUGGGGAAUCCGAAAGACUUUGAAUUACAUCAGCAAGAAAUAUAACCACCCUCCAAUUUUCAUCACUGAAAAUGGCAUGGAUGAUGAAGAUGACGGUUCUGCUUCAAUCCAUGAUAUGCUCGACGAUAAGCGUAGAGUUGCUUAUUUCAAGAGUUACCUUGCCAAUGUCGCUGAGGCUAUCAAAGAUGGAGUGGACAUACAGGGAUACUUUGCGUGGUCGUUGCUGGACAACUUCGAGUGGGCUCAAGGUUUUACCAAGAGAUUUGGUUUGGUAUAUGUAGACUACAAGAACGGUUUAACCCGUCAUCCAAAAUCUUCUGCUUAUUGGUUCAUGAAAUUUCUGAAAGGUGAUGAAGACAACAAAGGUAAAAAAGAUUGA